GUUGGAAACUCGGAAGCUUCGAAAAUGGGGAGGACUUGUACGGAGGAAGACGAAGAAGAAACUCUUUUGAUCUCUCACCACAAUCAAGAUCAAGAAGAAGAUGACGCACAAGAAUCAGAAUCAGAAGAAGAAGAAGCGUUGUCUCUGUCUGAUAUGCCGGUAAGUUUAUUAUCUAACGAGAAAGUUCAUUUCCCAAAACAGUCAAAGUCAAAAGAAGAAGAAGAAAUCGAUUCCGGUUUCGAAUUCGAAACCGGGUCAUCGUUUCGACUCGGGUCGGAUUCGUGCGAACCGGAGAUGAGUACCGCGGACGAAUUAUUCUCCAAAGGCCGAAUCUUACCUCUACGCCACUCCAUCAGCUUAGACGACGCCGGUUCAAACCGGUUAAUAACCAGAUCCGAAUCAGUCGAAUUCCGACGAACCGGAACCGAACCAAACCGGAAAAUCAAAAACAAUUUCAUCGAUUACAGUCAACCGAGUCCAAACCCUCAGAUCAGACGAUCAUCGAGCAUGACGGCGAGGGUGAACUCGAUCAGAAACCCUAAAUCAUCUUCGAUUUGGGAUUUUCUCCGGUUAGGACUCGUCCGUACGCCGGAGAUCGAGCUUCGGACAAGCGCGAGAGUCUCGGUGAGUCGGAACAGUAGCUGCAGCAGCACAAGCACGAACUCGAAUUCGAGAUCGAGGAACCGGAGGAGAAGCUUUCUGUUCGCGGAUUGUAAGUGUUCGGUGGCGACGGAGACGAUCGUACCUGUGAAAAUGGGUGUGAAGGAGGAGAGAGAGAGGAGGAAGAAGACGGCGAAGAAGGAGGAGAAAACAGCUGUUGCGCGUAAGAGGACGUUUGAGUGGUUGAAAGAGUUAUCACAGGUAGGUUCUGUCGUUGACCAUGGCAGAAGAAGCUUGGCGUGAUUUGAUGAUGAUUCGAGCAAACAAGCAUCUUCAUAUUUUUUUGUUUUGUCUUUACUAUUUUAAAUGUAUUUGUGUUUUUAAUCAUUUCCUACGUAAUUAUAUUUUUGUAUGUUAGUGGCUAAUUGACAUUAUUAUACUUUAGUUUUCCAUAUAAAUUAUGGGUUUUUGCGAUGUCAAAAAUUUUAAUGGGUUUUUUUGGUAACCUUUUUGAAUAAGUUCUAAAUCAUAUUUUC